AUGGCCAACACCGCGCCCAAGGUCGCCGCCGAGGAGCGCCAGGAAGCCCCCGAGGCGAUCGACGAGAAGGCGGAGGCGCUGGCGACGCAGAUGCGGAAGAGCAAGCACCUGAUCGUCUUCACCGGGGCGGGCAUCUCCACCUCAGCUGGUAUCCCUGAUUUCCGCGGCCCCGAAGGCGUCUGGACGCUCCGGGCCCAGGGGAGACGGCGGGCGGACGCCGUGGACACGCUGCAAGCUGUGCCGACACUCACGCACAUGGCGCUGGUGGAACUGCAGAACCGCGGGAUGCUGAAGUAUCUCAUCAGCCAGAACUGCGACGGGCUGCACCGGAGGAGCGGGAUUCUCCCAGACAAGAUAUCCGAGCUCCACGGCAACAACAAUCGCGAGCAGUGCAGGGACUGCGGGAAGGAGUACAUCCGCGACUUCCGCGCCGUCGCGACGUACGAGAAGACGGUGCACGACCACCGGACGGGGCGGAAGUGCGCGCGGUGCGGCGGCACGCUGGUCGACAGCAUCGUGAACUUCGGGGAGGCGCUGCCGGCGGAGGCGCUGCGGCCGCCGCGGACCUGUGCCUCCGAGAUCCCCGAGGCCGUGGGCCGCCGCCGCCGCGCCGCGCUCGCCAUCUGCAACCUGCAGGAGACGCCGCUCGACGGGCUCGCCCGGCUGCGCGUGCGCGCCCGCGCCGACGACCUGAUGCGCCGCGCCAUGGCGAGGCUCGGCCUGCCCGUCCCGCCGUUUGUGCUCCGCCGCCGCCUCGCCGUCCGCGUCGAGCCCGACGCGCCCCCCGCCACCCACCGCCAGCUGCGCGUCUCCGGGCUCGACGUCGACGGCACCCCGGCUACCUUCCUGCACUCCGUCAAGCUCGAGUACAACCGCCGCGUCGCGCGCGCCGAGCCGUUCGUCAUCCAGCUCCGCGGCGACCUCGACCCCGGAGCCCAGCUCAAGCUCGUGCUGGAGUUCAUGGGACACUACGGCGAGCCGAACCUCGAUCUCACGUACGAAUACGGCGGCGAUGGGGCCGACGCCCAGGCACUGUAUCUCCUCGAGUACAACCCCCAGACGGGCGAGUGGAGGACGAGCCGGCUGGAGAGCCUGGAUGCUGAUGGGGACGGGACAGCAGCAGCUGCUGCUGCUGCCCAAGAGGAGGACGCGGGAGGAGUUUCCACGAGGAGUGAGACGUUGCCGAACGCUGUAGCUAACCGCCCCGCUCCGGAGGUCAUUGUGAUAGAUUGACUGUGACUAGUUCUACCUAGCUGUUGAUUCCACCGCGCGACGAAAGCGUUCAUGUUUAUGAAGCCACUCAAAUUGCUUAAACGCUUACAGACGGCCUUAAUUAGUUCCGUUGAAAAUGACAUGCAAUCAAACGCGGACUAAGAUCCGC